AUGAGUUAUGGAAACUUGAAAAAGUUUAAACCACCAACGGUUCUUAAUUCGCUGAAGAUUCUAAAUCUCAAAGAUUCUCAAAAACUUGUCAGCAUCCACAAUCUUUCCCGACUUCCUAAUCUUGAGACUUUGAUUUUAUGGAACUGUAGCAAUCUCACUCAUGUUUGUGACACAAUCCAAGGUCUUGAGAGACUUGCUCUACUGGAUUUUACAGGGUGUAAGAAUCUGUGGAAGGUUUCAUCGAAUAAGUAUGUAAAUCAACUGCUAAGGCUAAGAGCUUUGUAUACUGGUGGAGAAAUUCUACAACAGUCGCUUUCCUUACCAGACUCGUUGAACUUUUUGUUUUUCAAUAACUGCAGCCUUGAGAAAAGCAAUUAUAUUCCAGUGUGUUUUAGUGGCCGACCAUUCUUAUACAUGAAUUUAGGCAAUAAUCUAUUUGAGUUCCUGCCCAAUAACAUUAAUUUUAAAACGCUUCGGGUACUCGAAUUGACUUUUUGUCCAAAUCUCAAGUGCCUCCUAUGUCUCCCAAGUACACUAGAAGAGCUGUAUACAAAUUGGUGUUUUUCACUGGAGAAAAUAACAUUUGAAUCAGCUCGGUUUAGAUUGCGGGAAUUUGUAUAUCGAGGUUGUAACAAAAUCUCUGAAAUUCAAGGCCUUUUUAAAUUGGUGCCAAUAGCAAAAUUUGAUGAAGCAGAUUUGGGACAUAUGAAAUGGAUCAAAGCAUAUCAAGAUCAUGAGGUCGACCUGGUGGGUGAUGAGAUCACUAAAGACAGAAAUUGGCGUGUCCAGGUGUUAUACGAAUAUGGUAUAAUGAGUACAUAUCUGCCAGAUGUAAAGGAUCAAAGCAUGACAAAGCCUGUGUAUAUGUCAUCGUCCCCGUUCUUAUCAUUUUGUGUGCCAUCUUGUCCUAAGAAACGCAGGAUCCAAGGAUUACAUGUAACCGCCAUAUACAGACCAUCAGAUGCUGGUGAUGAAAUCAAUGUGUCCAUCAUUGUGGGAAAUGGAUUGAUGGUAAGCGGGUGUAGUGCCAGCCUUGUGUACAUGGAUGAUGGUGAAGUAGAGAUAGAAUACUACAAAAAUUACAAGAAAGAGGAAGAAGUUAUUGGGGGAGAUCUAUCUGAAUUUGAGCUCACUACAGGAGCCUACUAUCUUUGUCGUCGCGAUUACUUCAAGUCAACCACCCCUGAUUGGUUAAAUAUGUUAAUUGGUAAUACCGUUCCCUCUACAGAGUUACGAGUAUGGAGAAAAUCUCGUCUGUCAAAAAACUUAGAUGCAUCAUUUAUGGAGUUGGAAACUUUCAGAGCCUAUGUUUUUCCCAAUUUGCAAAUUGAAUUGCUAAUUUUGUUCCUCGACUAUUCCUUAAUUUCUAGUUGA